CCUGCAGUGCGGGGACGUUCAAGUCCAAGCAGGGGGAGGGCUUCUGCACGCCGUGCCCCCCCAACAGCCUGACCAGCUCAGCGGCCGCCAGCGUCUGCUCCUGCCGCAGCGGCUAUUACCGCGGCGACAGCGACUCUCCUGACGCCGGCUGCACCACGGUUCCGUCGUCUCCGCGGAACGUGAUCUCGAGCGUGAACGAGACGUCGCUGGUGCUGGAGUGGAGCGACCCGCGGGACUCGGGCGGGCGCGAGGACAUCUUCUACAACGUCAUCUGCAAGAAGUGCCACCCCGAGCGAGGCAGCUGCUCGCGCUGCGACAACAACGUGGACAUCACGCCGCACUACCUGGGCCUGACCCAGCGCCGCGUCACCGUACGCAACCUGCAGGCACACACGCAGUACAGCUUCGAGAUCCAGGCGGCCAACGGCGUCACCGCCAAGAGUCCGUACUCACCGCAGUCCUCAACGGUCAACAUCACCACCAACCAAGCAGCCCCCAGUGCGGUGCCCACUGUCCACCUGAUGGCCGCCUCGUCCACCACCAUGAGCCUGUCCUGGCUGCCCCCGGAGAGACCCAACGGCAUCAUCCUGGACUACGAGAUCAAGUACCACGAGAAGGACCAGGGUGAGGCUAUUGCCCACACCAUGACUGCCCAGCGCAGCUCUGCGCGUAUCGAGGGCCUGAAGGCGGGCACUCCCUACGUGGUGCAGGUGCGCGCCCGCACGGUGGCCGGGUACGGACGCUACAGCAGCCCCGCCGACUUCAGUACCAACAUGCAGGGUACGGACACGG